AUGACUGGCUUCAAGUCCGUUGCGCCUGCUGCGGCGGCUCUGCUGGCAACAGCCGUCGGUCCUGCGAGCGCUGGCAGCUUGAAGGAUAUUGACCAUGUCGUCCUCUUCAUGCAAGAGAACCGCGCCUUUGACCAUUACUUUGGUACAAUGGCAGGCGUGCGCGGCUUCAACGACGCCAACCUCCAGACCAACAAUGGAGUGCCCGUCUGGAAACAAAAGUCACCAUCUAGAGACGCCGACUACGUUACGCCGUGGUAUAUCAACUACCUGGGAGGCGACUGGAAUGGGGCCACUCAGUGCAUGCUGGCUGGUAGCAACGGCUGGUACAACAACCACGCGGCGUGGAAUCACGGAACCAAUGAUCGUUGGGCCACAGACAAUACUCCUUACAGCAUAGGCUUCUACAAGCGACAGGAUAUACCGACGCAGUGGGCCCUGGCCGAGGGCUGGGUGAUUGGCGACAUGUAUCAGGAGUCUGUCAUUGCCUCAACGUCACCAAAUCGCGUCGUGUGGUCUUCCGGCUCCAUCAACGUCCCCGGCUCACCCCAAAGGCCAGACCAAGGAGGAAACCCAUACAUCGAUAACAACGAGACGCCCGGAUGCGAGAAUGGGAUCAACUGCUACCCGCUUAAGUGGAAGACCGCUGCCGAAUACUACGAAGAUGCCGGGGUCAGCUGGCAGGUCUACCAAGACGCGGAUAACUUUGACGAUAAUCCCCUGGCGUGGUUCGAACAGUUCCAGCAGGCCAAGAAGGGAUCCAGCCUCUACGAGAAGGGCAUGAAGGGGCGGUCUCUUAGCACCUUCUAUGCUCAGGCUGCUAACGGGACGCUGCCGGAGAUUUCGUACAUCAUCGGGCCUGCAGAGCUGGCGGAACACCCUCCCUACUCACCGCACGAUGGUGCCUGGCUGCAAAACAAGAUUGUGGAGGCUGUCACAAAGUCACCAAAGUAUUCCAAGACCGCACUUAUCAUCUCGUAUGAUGAGACAGGCGGCUGGUUCGACCACGUGGACCCUUACCGCUCUCCUGAGGGCACUAUCGGCGAGUGGCUCAAUGAUCCGUAUGGCCAAGUCGGGCAUACCUUUGCCGGACCGGGCUUCCGCGUCCCAUUCUACAUCAUCUCGCCGUGGACGCGCAAGGGUGGUGUAUACACAGAACACUCGGAUCACAACUCGCAGUUGCUCUUCAUUGAGCAAUGGCAGGCUGCUAAGGGUCGCAACGUGACGACCAGGGAGAUGGUCGAAUGGCGCCGCGACCAUAUGGGUGACCUGGUCGCAGCGUUUGACUUUGAUCACCCCGAUACCAGCUUGCCGAGCCUGCCGAACGCUCCGGAGCCGCAUAAGGAUGGCAACGGCAAUUAUGAUGGCUCCUCGCACUGCAAGUCCCAGUACCCGAACCAGCAGCCGCCCGUACCGUACAAGGGCAAUGGUGUCAUCAGCGACAUAUCGGGCCUCGUGGAAAAGGGUUUCAAGCCCGUUCGUGGGAAACUUACGGAGGGUCGCUUCCUUGUUCCAGAAAUAAACGGCCAGGCGCUUACGUCGGGCUCGGCAUGCGGCUCUCAGGACGGCAUCUGCGCGACAAAGGCCACAGACAAACAUGACUCGGCUGGCCAACGCUGGGUUGCGCACGUCCUGGAGCUUGGCGGCACCGAGUUUAUCCUCAGCAACGCCGCGGACGGCCGGUACAUUUGCAACAGUGAAAAGCUCUGCAGCGACAAGGGCGACGCCAUGAAGUUUGAAGUCGGAUUCACGCCGAGCAAGGGAUAUUCCUUCAAGAUGGGGUCGGGCCAUUACUUGCUCGCCAGCGUCGACGGAGAUCUCCAGGAGAGCGACAAUCAACACUUUUGGAGCAUGUUCAGCGUCAACUACUAA